CAAUGGAUGGGAACUUCCGCCGGAAGAGCCGGCGGUCUUGGAGCUGCGGGUCAACUUCCGGCUGGUGUUGGGCCUGGGUAACUUGCGGUGCAGCUGUGGCCUGGUGGAGAUGGCGUGCGCCGCCGCGCGGUCCCCGGCGGACCAGGACAGGUUUAUCUGUAUCUAUCCUGCUUAUUUAAACAAUAAGAAGACCAUCGCAGAGGGGAGGCGGAUUCCCAUAAGCAAGGCUGUUGAAAAUCCUACAGCUACAGAGAUUCAAGAUGUAUGCAUGGCAGUUGGACUGAAUGCAUUUCUUGAGAAAAAUAAAAUGUAUUCCAGAGAAUGGAAUCGAGAUGUUCAGUACAGAGGCAGAGUCCGGGUACAGCUCAAACAGGAUGAUGGCAGCCUGUGUCUUGUACAGUUCCCAUCACGUAAGUCAGUAAUGCUGUAUGCAGCCGAAAUGAUUCCCAAACUAAAAACAAGGACACAAAAAACAGGAGGCACUGACACAAGUCUUCAGCAAGGAGAGGGGAGUAAAAAAGGGAAAGGCAAGAAGAAGAAGUGAUGUGCGAGCGUGACGUGACGCACGGUCCUACUGAGGGACAUGGGUGGAGGUGCCUCGUGUCCAAGGGAAGCAGCAUUUUGUUUGCGUCAUUUAACUGAACUGUGAACACUUGUGGCACCUAUCUCCAACAUCAGCAUUCACAGUGAAUUAAGUUUACAUCAGAAGUUUGCAUCCAGCUUGUAUACAGUAUAAAGGAAAGAGGUGUGUGUCGGGAAGAAAGAGUAUUUUUUAAUGCAUAAUGACUUUCUCAUAUGUGACUUGAAAAUCCUGUAUCUGUCCUCUGUGUAAACAUAUAUUUCAGGUGAAUAAGUUUAGUAAGACUUGAAAUACACAUUUUGUUCACCUUUUAAGUUAGUGAAAUAAAAUUUUAAACUGA